GCCCACCCAGUUUUGGCUUGGAAUGAAUUCCCAGUCUGGAUGUGCCCAGCAAGGCUCAGGGUGCAGCCCUGCCCUCCUCCCCAAGGACACCAGCAGCCCCCAGGGGUUCAUCCCAGAAAAGCAGCAGGAAGAGUUUUAUUUAUCCCCAGGUGGGGAGAAGUGAGGGGUGUGGGGUUGUGCUCCUGCACAGAAGGAAGAAUUCCCAUAGAACCAGGAAAUCAGGGAAGCCCCCAGCCCCGAGUGCUGCCUCUCCUCAGCGCUGCCUCUCCUGUGGUGUUUCCUGUAGCUUUUCCAGUUUUUUUGCAGGAAAAAUCUUCCUUGCAGCUGCUUUUGUGACUGUGGGGCUCCCAAAACUGCCAGGCACCCAGAACCCAGAGGAAGUGAGGGGUCUGAGUGGGAUCUGAGCUGGGAAUGCUGAGGGAUCAGGUGGAAUCAGAGCAGAGGAAACCUUUCCACUCCCCCCCGUGGAAAGCACACUCAGGACACACUGGGAUGGUUUUUCUGUGGAGCUGGGACACCCUGAAAGUGAAAUGUGCCUCUGCCCCCCCUCUUUUCCAGCCCACAAGCCCCAGCUUUAGGUCAGGAUCUCCUCACAGGCUCCCAGCAGCAAGCAAGCCCUGGCCCCACGUUGGCAAGGAGACCCAACAACAAACAGCCCAUCCUGGGCACCUGCCCAGGGCCCUUUCCCAGGAAUCCCUGCUGGGAAGAUGUUCUGGGAAUGGCUCUUCCACCAGCCCUGAUCUGCUUUUCCCUGUGUCCUUGGUACAGAUUAUCCAGAAGCAGGAGAACCAGAAGGAAAACUUGGACCAGAGGUUCCCCAGCCUGUUCAAGAAGGGCCGAAGGAAAACGGUUGUCAGGAAUUUGGGCAAAAUUAUUUAUUACUCCAAGGUCAAGUUUAAGUUCCAGCACUGCCAGGAGGUCAACAGCUGCUUCCUGGAGCUGUUCCAGUCCUACCUGUACUUCCAGUCCACGGGUCCCAACGGCCUCACCUACCAGGGGCUGCUGCCUCUGAAGGAGCUGCAGGUGCGUGAGCUGGGGGCUGGCCAGAGCCCGGGCCAGCAGGACCACGCUUUCCACAUCUCAGGGCCCCUGCUGAACCCCCUGGUGGUGUUCUGCCAGUCUGAGGCCGAGCUGAAGCAGUGGCUGUACCACCUGGAGAAGCAGAUCCAGCUCUGUGGAGGGAGCCUGGCCUUGCCCCUGCUGUCCCAGAGCGGCUGGACGCAGAGCGCCGGGGACAAGGAGGAGCUGCGCUGGUCCGUGCAGAACCUGCCCGUGCAGGAGUGGAGGGGAACCCAGCGGGAAUCCCUGGGAGAAAUCCUCUGCGUGUCCAAGGUGAAGCUCCAGCACCUGCCCUUCCAGGAGCAGCACGACCGGCUGCUGGUGCUCUACCCCUCCACGCUGGUGAUCGUGUCCGAGGAGCCCGCUGGCCUCUGUUUCAAGGGAGAGCUCCCCCUCAACGCCAUCCAGGUGCUUUUUGAGGAGAACGACAAAACCUCCUUUCUGAUCGAAGGCCGACUGAUAAAUUCCAUCCGGGUGACCUGUCCCAGCUACCAGGACUACCAGGAGUGGCUGUACUGCCUGAAAACCGCCCAGUUCCGAAACGCAGACUCCUCCCUCUCGGGCUCCGAGAGCUUCUCGGUGGGCUCCAAGCCGCCCCACCCCAGCCAGUUCCCCAGCAGCGGGAGGGGAUCCCUCAGCUCUGACGGCCGGACGAACUCCUGGGCGUCCGGAGGGAGAGUGACCACGCUGACCCAGCUGUCCCAGCCCAGCUCGCUGCCCGAUGGCCACUCCUUCCUGCUGAGCCCCGAGGGCAGGCUGCUGGAGGAGCCCCUCUCCCCUGGCUACUCCCAGCCUCUCCAUAGCCUGGCACAGCCCAGCUGGCCCAGCUCAGGGCUGCCCACGCAGGAGCUGCGCAGGGGGAACAGCGCCAGGAAAUCCAAGGGCAGGAGCGGCGGGCAGCAGGGGCCCGGGCAGGAGCCUGAGAGGAGCUGCAGCCUCAUCCCCGAGAGCCCCCCGGGAGAGACCCCAUCCCCCGUGUACCAGGAGCCCUACAGGGCACACGGCCCCCAGCAGCACCCCCCGGCACAGCUGGAGCUGGGCAGGUUCCUGCAGUGCCACGGGCAGACAGGACCAGCCCAGGGCACUGUGCCAGGUGCCCAGCAGCUGUCCCUGGAGCAGUGGCACUGCCAGCCCCUGCCAGGGCACUGCAGGGAGGUGCCCUCUGUCCCCAUCUACAGCACCCCGGGCACCGCACGGCGGCUGCAGCUGCGGGCACCUGCCCAGGGCUCCUACCUGGGGGAGAUGUGCUCGCUGCCACAGGAACAGCUGGGCCCUGAGCUGCGUCCCCCAGAUGGCCCCUGUGGCCUGGCAGACGCCGCCUGCCCCUGCCGGGACUCCACGUCCUACCACGACUACGCGGAGCUGCAGAGCUUCCAGAGCGACCUGAGCUACGACAACCUGUGGGAGGCGGAGGGUCGGGAGCCGGGCAGCCCCGGGCGGGCCCCGCCGGUGUUCCAGGUCUGAGCCCGGGCAGGAAAGCCGGGCACGGGCACGGAGGAGCCCGCAGCUCUGCCCCCACGGCCUGGCACGUGUGGGGCUCGCUGCCAGCCCCAAAGCCCAGCGUGGGGCCGAGCAGAGCAGCCCCAGGCUCUGCGGGGCUGCAGGAGCAGCUGUGCCUCAAAAAAGCUGGGGCUGCUCCAAAAAUCCAGCUGUGCCCCCGGAAAUGCCAGAGCCAAAGGGUCAGGCUGCCUCGGGUGAAGGGGACGUGGUGAGCAGAGGGAGAACCCAAAAGGUGCCUGGAUCUGUUGGGUUCCUUUGCACCAGAGCCCUCGGCUGCUCCCUGUGAGGAUCCCUGGGAACAGCAAUGUCAGGAUCCUUGGGAACAGCCCAGUGAGGAUCCUUGGGAACAGCACUGUGAGAUCCCUGGGAACAGCCCUGUGAGAUCCCUGGGAACAGCACUGUGAGAUCCCUGGGAACAGCCCUGUCAGGAUCCCUGGGAACAGCCCAGUGAGGAUCCUUGGGAACAGCCCUGUCAGGAUCCCUGGGAACAGCCCAGUGAGGAUCCUUGGGAACAGCCCUGUCAGGAUCCCUGGGAACAGCCCAGUGAGGAUCCCUGGGAACAGCCCAGUGAGGAUCCCUGGGAACAGCAAUGUCAGGAUCCCUGGGAACAGCAAUGUCAGGAUCCUUGGGAACAGCCCUGUGAGGAUCCCUGGGAACAGCCCUGUGAGGAUCCCUGGGAACAACGUUAGGAUCCCUGGAAGAGCCCUGUGAGGAUCCCUGGAACAGCCAGAGCUUCCCCCAGCCGGCUCUGGAGGCUGCCAGGGUGCCCAGGGCUUUGCCCAUCCUGGCAGCUCACAGAGCAGAGGCAGCAGACAGAAAAUGGAGGGGCAAAAACCCCAAACCCCAGCCAGGUCUGAGCACGGUGGGGAUUUCUUCCCAUCUUCCUGGCCAGAAUUCUUCCUUCCUGCCACUGCUGCCUCCAGACCUGGUGCCAGCAAAAAUGCCAGCUGUGCUCCUUGAGGUCUUCCCUGCAGAGGAAACCCCAAAUCCCCCCAAAUCUGGGGGUCCUUCCUUUCCUCCCUGCCCUGAGCUCACCCCAAGUGCUGCCUGUGUCUGUCCAGGCAAGGAGAGGAGAAAAUCCCCCCAGGAGAAACUGCAGGGCAGCCAAAGUGACCAGAGCAGUGCCAGGGGGGCUGGGCUGUCCCUGAUGCCCCCUGGGCCCCCCCAGAGCCAGGACAGGACACAAACAAGGCACAGAGUCUCAGGGUUGUUAUUUUCCAGCCUCUCGGGCCAGAUCCUUUUGGAAGGUCAGCAGCAAAUCCAAAUGUUUUCACCUGAGGCUCUGAAUUCUUCACCUUUGUUCCCUGCAGAGGCUGCAAAUCAAACACAGCAACAAAACCUCUGCUUUGGUUCUUCCUCUGGUGCACCCACAACCAUUUGUACUGGAAUGUCUCUGGUUGUGUUUUGGGGUUUUUCGGGAGGCGCCCAGCAAAGUUUACAUGUAAAGGCUGGGUGGGUUCUGUGUAUUUAAAUGUAAAUGUGGCUGGUUGAAGAGCUGUUGAGUUUUCUAGCUGUGGCUGGUGUUCAGUUCUGUAAAACACGUUCAGGGGCGUGUGGCUUCGGGUCUUGGA